UGUUAUACUGUGCGCUUCGUAUGCACGCUUUCCCGUGCUUUUCUCCCUCGUAACGGCGACGUGCUGUGAGGUCCGAGAACGCGAAAAGCGAGCGUUUCCUUUCGCUUCACGCGCGACGUUCGCCGACAUAUCGUCCUGUCUGUCCUUUCUAUCUCUUUCUCGUCUUUUUAUCACUGCCGUAAAUCUUGUUCUUUCGUUGACCAGCGGCGACGAUCGCCGUGAAGUUUGCCGCCGUCGGCAGACGGUGCGUUCGUUUCUCUCGUCCGUUCGACCGUCCCGUUCGCGUCGGCGAAGGAAAGAGGAAGGCGACAGGAAGUCGUAAGGGUUAGAGGGAGAAUAACGGAGCAGCGGCACGAGACGACGAUCGACGCCGUCGCCGCCCUCGCUGUUAUCGUCCGAUGUGUGAAAAGUGCGCGAGUCCGCGAGAACGCGACGCCGACAACAGUAUCGAUAGCGUAACGUGCUGAACGUUGCCGCGGAGGAACGCGCGGCAGUUUCAUACCGAACGGGGAACGCGCGCUCGCGCGUGUCCCGAUCGUCAUCGUUCGCACAUAACGCUCGCGUUAAGAUCGCGGCAUCGAAGUAGUAGUUCGGAAGUAAUCGCGCACGCGGAGUGGUGAGAGUCGAUCGCAGAAAUCAAGCGUCGAAAUUAAGCGUCAUUGAAGCGAGAUCGGCGAUAACGGGGCGUGCGAUCGGAGCGGCGAAGAUGCAUUCCAGAUGGACGAUGACGCCGCGACGUCUGUAUUGUCUGUAACGGUCGCCACCGUCGGUUGGGUAAGAACGUCGCUGUAUUUACUAUUUAAUCGUCCCUCCACGCGAAAGUCCGCCGCCGCGAUCCGCGCGCGACGGUGUAUCGACGUGAAUCGCACGGGUUAUGACGCGCUGCGCCGCUUAGGGACGCUCGACAAGCGCUCGUAACCGGAGCCCCGGAUAACCGCGAGUGCGUGCGUGCGUGCGUGCGUGCGUGCGUGCGUGCGCGACAACGACAGCGACAGCGAUGGAGAACGACCCGGCGGCCAAGUCCUGGCCGUCGGGCCCGGCGACGGGCAAAGGAUCAUCGCCGUCCUGCCUGGAGGCGUCGAUGCCGCGGAAGUUCCGCGAUGGAGACCUCCGUGCGGGGACCGUGGGCCUCAAUUGGGCGCUGUGCGCCCUCUGCCUCGCCAGCUUCGCCGUGUCCGGCGUGCUCUUCUACCGCGAGCUCGGCUUGGAGUCCAGGAUCGCGAGUUUGGAAGCACGCUGCAUGCGCGUCCAGGAUCCUUCGUCGCCGGUGGAAGUCCUGGUGCAGAGGCUUAAGGCGGAGAUGCAGGAGCAACUGCGGCAGACGCAACGGCUCGAUUCCACAGCGAUCUUCAGGCCCAAACGCGACAUCUCCGAGUGUAAUUGUCCUCCAGGUCCACCCGGUGAGCCGGGUCCACCCGGAAAGAGGGGCAAGAAAGGGAAAAAGGGCGAUCCCGGGGAGCCCGGUGCGCCGGGUGUGGCCGGGACGCCGGGCAAGAACGGUUUUCCGGGACCCAUCGGCUUGGACGGGCCCAAAGGUGAUCCGGGCCGACCUGGCGACAAAGGGCAGAAGGGCGAGCUGGGCAGCCCCGGAUUCGAUGUCUUGUCCGCAGUAAAGGUCAAUGCACAGGGAUUGGGGUUAAAGAGGUCGGUGACGACGCUCCGCGGCGGGACGCUCGGCUACGCGGAAAUCGUCGCCCUCAAGGGAGAACCGGGUGAACCCGGGCCGCCGGGACCACCCGGUCCGCCAGGAGCCGAGGGUCUUCCUGGACAUGAGGGCAGACAGGGGAUUCCGGGCGAGGUCGGCGCACCAGGGGAGAAGGGCCCGCCCGGGCCGAUCGGACCCAUCGGCCCGACGGGCACGCCAGGACUUGCAGGUCCCAAGGGUGACAAGGGUGAUAAAGGCGAUCGGGGCUUCACGACGACCUUAAAGGGUGAGCAGUUUCCAAGUGGAGUAUUUGAGGGCCCACCUGGUCCACCAGGACCACCUGGAUCUCCGGGCGAGAAGGGAGAACUGGGCCCGACAGGACCGCCCGGCCUACCCGGCGAGAAGGGUACUCGGGGAAAGCAAGGGAAGAGGGGUUUCAAGGGUGAGAGCGGUUUGGCAUUGGCGAGGGGUGCCCCCGGCCUGCCGGGUCCGAAGGGUGAGCCCGGCGAACGGGGUUACCGGGGCGAAAAGGGCGCCAUGGGAGACGCGGGUUUACCAGGGCCCAAGGGAGAGAUGGGACUGCAGGGCUUGCAGGGGCUCAAUGGAACCGACGGCGAUCCUGGUAUCCAAGGACCCCCCGGAUUACCGGGAAUAUCCGGACCCAAAGGUGAAAAGGGCGACUACGGCGAUAUUGGUCCCCCCGGCCUUAUGGGACCUCCGGGUCUACCCGGCCCACCGGGCUAUCCUGGAUUGAAAGGCGAAAAGGGAGAGAAAGGCGAAUCGAAGUACAAAAAGCUCAGGCGAAGACAGGGAGACGGCACGUUCGAGAUGAACGCCGGGGAAGUGAUAAUGGGCCCACCCGGACCCCCAGGACCCGCUGGUACCCCCGGACUGCAGGGCCCACCCGGGAUCAAGGGUGACAGAGGACACGAUGGCGCCAAGGGCGAUCCUGGAGAAAAGGGUGCCAAAGGGGAUCCUGGUCCGAUGGGACUGCCCGGCCCCAUGGGACUGAGGGGAGAGUCCGGAAAGCCCGGGGAUUCCGGGAAACCUGGCGCCAUGCGUUUACAGGCGUGGAAUAGAUUCGUCGAGCGAUUCGAUGUCUAAUGUUGGCGACUACAAGAACGUGGAAGGGACGUCUUCCAGGGUACCAAAACUCGUCAAAGAGUUGGCCACACGAAGUGAAAAUUACGCCUGAAAAUCGGCGAUAUCGAAAUGAAGCUGUAUAUGUCCGGUUACUGCCUAAAAUUAUUUUAGAAGACGGAUUCUUUGACGAAUUUUUAAAAAGGCAUAUUUUCGACGUAUUCUCUAAUUAAAUUGCCUGAAAUUAUUGGCUGAGAAAGAAACUGCGAUUCGUCAAAAAAUUCGUUGCUAAAAUAUAUAUCUUCCCGAGAUCAUCCCUGUAUGUUCGAUGUCGUGUACACCGCGGAGCCGCUUAUUCUGCAAAGAGUUUAAACCAGAUUCAGUGAAAUAACGUUGAAUUAAUGAAUUAAUUAAUCCGCGGGCAAAGAGACCGCGAUAUCACGUGUUCGCUUUAACGAACUCCAUGAGAUUUGGUUUACGCCACUUUCAAAGUAAGCUGCUCGCUCUCGGUUCACGCGUUAACGCAUUGCUACCAUCCGUCCUCUUAACUUACUCUACGUGUCGGCUUUACAAGCAAGCCGCUCGCGCCGAUCGUCGAGAACAGAUUCUCGAUUGUAGACACGAGUACUCAAAGUUUGGUGGAUCUAAAAAGAAUCCGAACUUCGCCGUCCCGCAAAAUUUUGUGUCAUCAGCGUAUAUGAAAAGAAGCGUACGGACGCCGUUUCUCCGAACAAGUCAUUAAUAAUGUAAGCUUGUAAGGACUUCUCGAUCUUAUCGAAUUAAAUGCGAAAACGGUGCUUUAGUUAUCGCACUAUUGCAGCAUAAGUGGAGUGAAGUAUACGAUAUUAUUUCAUCGCGUUAUAUACGAAAUAUAUUCGUAUACUUGAUAAUUUCGCGAUAUUUUAUCCCCUCGAAUCGCAUAAAUUUACGUAGUACGUUUUGCGUAAAUACGUUAAAACUUGAGGAGCGUGCUUUUUAUUUAGAGCUCAAUUUUUAUUUGAAAUAAACGAUUGUUUACAAACGUGACAAGUCAAAAGAAAGAACAAAAUUAGAUGAAGGCGCAGUUUUACCGAUCCAGAAGUGUCGAAAAGUAGAAGUUUAAUUUUCGUCCAAACUAAUUUGACGAGCCUUGAGAAACAAUUUCCAGUCUGUCCCUUGUCUGGUAAAAUCUACUUUUCCGUUGUGCCUCUCUUGAGAAUAAUUCAGUCGGCUUGUACUUAACGAAAGCUCGCUCUCGCAGCAUUGCCGGCACCUAAUAAUAACCCAGCCAUUUAUCAUGAUUCCUCUUCGUUCUACAUUUCUUCGUAGCAUUCCAGUCGCAUUUCACGAAUCAUCAAGAAUUCCGCACGGUUACAAGAGAAGGGAAAUUCUGUAAGAUAUAUUGAUGAAGGGGAAAAAGGAGGAAAGAAACAGAGGGGAAUAAAAAUUAAGACUCCCGAUCACAUCGCUAUUGUACUAAAUUGUGACGUCAAAAGCGAGAAAUCGGACGUAAUCCUUUCUCUUGCGGUAGAAGUUAAAGAAUAAAUGUAAAAACAAGAUUCAUAUCGAGGUAUAAGUUGAUCGCGUUGAACAUUUUCCUGAUUACUCGUUGCUGGCGUCAGGAUGGCUUCAUCAGGAACAUCGAUAACGUCCCUCAUCUUUCAACACUGCUCGAUCAGGACGCGAACGUUGAUAAAAAUCGCGUUGAUUAACAAUUAAAUUCGCUAAAAGCGGCUUCUCGCGCAGAAUACAGCUGGAUGCGUUUUAAAUCAUCGCUUGCAUAAAGCUUGCAUAAAGAAGCAGCAGUCGAGGCGUGGCAGCGGAAGAGGGAGAACUUAUGGGCAAGUGUCGGUGUAUUCCGACUCCCUUUACAUUCGGCAAGUACCUUUUACGAGAGUCGUGGGAAACGUCGGUGAUAUCGCGCGUGAGCAUCGGUCGCGAGAAAAUUUCAUGUUCGCCGAACAGUAAUAAAACCGUUUCCGAGACUGGCCGCUACGAAUAAUAAGUAGGAGGUACACCUCGUUCCCCUCUCUCUCUCUCUCUCUCUCUCUCUCUCCCUCUCUCUCUGCCUGCACUUUCGGCUUUUCCGCUCUAUCCUGUCGGGUGCACUAACGUGCUAUCGAUAGUUUGCGAUAUUUUCCUGCGGAACUCUAACGUAGCUGAGAAACACAAGUGCGUGACGUUUUCAUCAAUAAUAAAGUCGAUACGACAUGCUCUUUGGCGAUAUAAACUAAACGUCAACUACAUAAACGCUUGGUGGACGCGAUUUAACGUUUACAAUAGUCAAUAAUUUCGACAAGCGUUUCUCGGCGACGUAGUCGACAAAUUCGGAGUUAACCGAGCUUUGUCCUUUUACAAAAGUGUUUUGCGUGAAUGCUGACAGAAAUGUGGAAGGGUUUCGAUAUCGUGAGUUACGAUCCUCGCGUCAGCUCGGGAAUAUCGCACGAUUUACACGCAAGAUGUAAUUACCGGUAGGUGAUCACUCGGCCUAAGAAGGAUCUUAUUCGAAGUACAACGAGAUGCUCCAUAAAAGCAUCUUUAAAGACGAUCUCGAUAUAAAGGAAAGUCGAAAGUACCAACUACUUCCUGUGAAAGAUCUGCGGUUGGUGUGCGGCUCCGAUCGCACGGAAAUUGAUUUACUCAAAAUUGUCCCUUCAAUUUUAAAAUCCUAGAGGUACAAUAAAUCGCAAGAAUCCUCUCAUCCGUGAGCUGGAAUUAAUAACAAUUUUUCCACGGAAAUUAAUUUUUACACAAGAAUUGAUAACAAUUAAUUGUGUCGAAAAAUACUGUUGUAUUUUGCUUUAUGCAAGCUACAGCACUUUGAGUCGUUUAAAUCAACUUCCGCGUUAAUCGAUCGCACACCAUCCUCGACGUCUAAAAAUACAAGAGGCAAGAAGAAUCGCGAAAAUGUACAGUGUAGAAUAUACGGUGCCCUCGCCGUUACAAUCGAUGUACCGUAUACGACGGACUAUACGAGCGGACUACUUCUAACACCCUGUGUACACCCCGAUAAAUUAACGCAGAUUUAGUCUUAAGAGGAUAAACUGGACGAGAAAGUCUGCGCGAGAGAGCGAAACGAAGCUCCGUCGGACUCCACGCCGACGACCCCUAUCUGGCGGCAAUUCUCCUGUGCGUGUAAAGUUUAUGACGCCCACAUAUACAUAUUUAAUACACGAGCACGAACACGUCAUAUAUGUAUACAAACGCUCACACAUACACGCGCGACACACGAAGGAACGUAUGCGUGAAACGAGAAACGCAGUCGCGUCGAGAUGCGCAAGUCGAGAGAUGUAUAUAAAUAUACAGCGAUUCUCGAUCCUAUCGAAUACGCGAUUUUUUUCGGGACGCUAGAACGGAGUUUUUCAGUUUUAUUAGGUACUCUUGCUCGUGUGAGUAUCUCGUUGAUCAACGGCGAGAAAACUGAAACGUAAAUGGAAACGUCUGUAAUUAUCGAUUCUGUAGAACAAGGAUACCUACGUUUGUUUUAAGUCGAUUCGAUAUACAAUCCCAAUCUCGCCGAAAUUUCAGUCAACGAGGUACUCGCGAGUGAGAGUACCCAUUAAAAAGUUCCGUUUUAGUGCGCCGGAUGGAUCACGAAAGUUCGCCGAUGAAACUCGAGAACGCGCUGUAUACUCAUUUGUAUGUGUAUGUCUGUAAAUGUAAGUACAAGUAAAAGGUGCAUUUACACACGUAACUGCGUGUCGUGUGCAGGUAUACACACACAUACACACACACACACAGGCUGUCAACAUUGUGUCGAAAACCUCUUACUAUAGGGAUUCGUUGACGAACCCGAAAACCGACCUCUUUCUCGUAACGAAAAUCUUGACGUAAUCUAAUUAGGAUGAUUCCCGACGUCCGAGAUUAAAGGAUUUUCCUCGAAUUAUAUAAAACUGUACUCCGAGAUGCGAGAGCAGCUAAUAUUUUUCAGCUAAUUUAAAACGAGUUUUGCCUUAACGAAAAUUUCAACUUUACUUGCCAAAUAUUUGAUCUUUUCGCCUGAGCGAAAGUCGACUGCGCGCGGAAAAAUCCAUAAUUGGAGGAAUGUUUCAGUAGACACAGGAGACACUCUGUGUGCACAUAUAUAUAUAUAUAUAUAUAUAUAUAUAUAUGUAUGUAUGUAUAUAUAUAUAUGUAUGUAUGUAUGUAUGUACACGAAUCCCCAGGCGUGUGUGUGCGUGCGUUAAUUGUUAAGGCGGCGUUCCUCUUAAGCCGAUCAACUUAAGGCGACCUAAUUGAAUGCGUAUGUGAAUACUGACUCUAACAGCAGUUUUGUUUUACAUUGUCCCGAUUAAUAAACAGAAUGUGCAUGUGC